AUGAAUACAACGGCCGCCGUCACAGCAGCAGAAGCAGCAGCAGCAGCAGCAGCAGAAGCAACAGCAGCAACAGCAGCAGAGCUGGGGAGUCUGAAGACGACACCGAAUGCCUACAUUUGGCUGCUGCUGCUGCUGCUGCUAACCGCGAGGCAAGGGAUGCUGCUGCAGCACGAGGGCGGCAGCAACUGCAGCAACAGCAGCAGCAGCGACUGCAGCAAGAACAACAGCAGCAGCAAGAAAAGCAGCAGCAGCAGCAGCAGCAACAGCAACAGCAGCAGCAGCAGCAGCAACGCAAACGGCAGCACAGGAACCGCGAGGCAAGGGAUGCUGCUGCAGCACGAGGGCGGCAGCAACUGCGUUGCUGCUGCAGGUUCCUGCUGUGGUACCUCUCUGGCUAGGAAGGCUGCAGCAGCUGCUGCUGCUGCUGCUGCAGCAGCAGCAGCAAAGGAUAUUAAAAAGGAAGCAAGUCGGCUGCUGUCAGCAGCAGCUGCUGCAGCAGAGCUGUGUGAUGAGGAGACGCAGCAUUUGCUGCUGCUGCAGCAGCACCAGCAGCUAGAAGAACUGCAGCAGCAGCAGCAGCAGCAGCAGUUGCUGCUGCAGGUUCCUGCUGUGGUACCUCUCUGGCUAGGAAGGCUGCAGCAGCUGCUGCUGCAGCUCCCCGCUAAACGCCUUGAGGAUGCCGUCGCCAAUUGCUGCAGCAGCAGCAGCAGCCCGCUGCAGCUGCUGCGGGUCGUUGCUGCAGCACGAUCAGCAGCAGCAGCAGCAGCAGCAACUGCAGCAGCAGCAGCAGCUGCUGCUGCUGCUCCAGGCGCAGCAACAACAGCUCAGCUGUCACCCCCAGCAGCAGCAGCAGCAGCAGCAGCAUCUAUUCAUCAUGCUUUGGUGCUGCUGCUUCGGGGCUGCAUGCGUGCUAGUGCAGCAGCAGCAGCAGAACUGUUGCUUGCUGCUGCUGCGGUCUCUGAGCCCAGCCCCCAGCAGCAGCAGCAGCAGCAACAUUUGCGGCUGCAGCUGCAGCAGCAGCAAGACACCGCGUUCCUGCAGCAUAUAGCCCUGGCGUUUGAGCAGCUAAACAGCAGCAGCAGCAGCAGCAGCAGCAGCAACAGCAGCAGCAGCAGCAGGCUGCAACGACGGCAGCGUAGAGUGCCGCCUCUGCUGCUGCGCAGCAGCAGCAGCAGCAGCAACAUUUGCUGCUGCACCUGCAGCAGCAGCAGGACACCGCGUUCCUGCAGCAUAUAG